AGGCAGCACAGUGAUCUCUCCACAGAGAACAAGUUGACAAUGUAUCACUGGAGCACAUCAUCUUCUUCCUCCAGUACUCCUUGCUAUAGCAACGGCAGCGGUAGCAGCAAUGGUCCCUUGCUCCCCUCCAUGGCGUCCAACAGCUACGGCGAUCUGUCGUUACAAGAGCAGCUGCAGCAGCACUACUACCCCUCCCCGCCUAUGAUGCCGCGCGUGAUGAGUGCGGGAGACCUCCAACAAGCUCCUGCGCAUGCGCCGGCGCCGGCGGCGAGGUACAGCGCGGAGGAGCGGCGGGAGCGCAUCGAAAAGUACCGCACCAAGCGCAACCAGCGCAACUUCCAGAAGAAGAUCACAUACGCUUGCCGGAAGACGCUGGCGGACAGCCGGCCGCGCGUGAAGGGCCGCUUCGCCCGCAACGUCGACGACGACGGGGCUACGGAUCAGCAGGAGGACGCGACGACGGCGGCGUCCAUGGGAGAGGUGUCUAAUUUCUUGAACGACGGAAGCAGCAGCAGCGGCGGCAUGCCGCCGGAGUGGUGGCCGGCAAUGCAGGGCGAGCUGGCCAUUGAGGACGAGGAGCUCAUCGCCUCCUACCUCGCCGUCUCCUCCAUCAACCUCUACUAG